AUGGAACUGUUGCUGCUCCUCCUCUCCCUGCAGAUGGCAUUGAUCCUCCUGUCCAAGCAUGUGUAUUUGCUGUUGCUGCUCCUCAUCUCCCUGCAAAUGGCAUUGAUCCUCCUCUCCAUGCAAAUGGCAUUGAUCCUCCUGUCCAUGCAAAUGGCAUUGAUCCUCCUCUCCCUGCAAAUGGCAUUGAUCCUCCUCUCCCUGCAAAUGGCAUUGCUCCUCCUCUCCCUGCAAAUGACAUUGAUCCUCCUCUCCAAGCAUAUGCAUUUGCUGUUGCUGCUGCUCCUAACCCUGCAGAUGGAACUUCUCCUCUCCCUGCAACUGAAUUUGCUGCUCUUCCUCUACCUGCAUUUGCAUUUGCUCCUCUUCCUCUGCAUGCAACUGAAUUUGACCCUCUUCCUCUGCCUGCAACUGAAUUUGACCCUCUUCCUCUCUCUGUAG